AUGCCUGCGACCGUGGAUACCUCGAGCUCAAAGAAGCGCAAGAGCACCAAAAAUGCCGGUGCCCCCUCCAAGCGCCGCGCUGUGGCUGAGGAAGACAGCUUGGCCGAGACCUUGUCGAAGGUUCAAGAGCUGGAGACUCAAAUUGCGGAGUCGCGCAAAUACUACAACAAUAUUGCGACCCUGAUCUCGAUGCUGAAUGUGGAACAAUCAGCGAAAAAGCCUGAGCUGGCAGUGGCCGUCUCUCUAUGCCGAGUAUUCAGUCGAUUGAUGGCAGCGGGCAACCUAUCUGAGAGCAGUCGCGAUGCCGAGAAUGAGAAGAUCGUGGUGGCGUGGUUGAAGGAGCGAUGCUUGGAAUAUCAGCGUGCAUUGCUAUCUAUCAUUCGUGAGGCUGAUACUACGUCUCAGGUUACGGCCCUGACCCUGAGCAUGCGCCUCGUGAAGGAAUACAGUACUCACAUCUCUGGAGCAGACAGCAGUAUCUGGUCUGGUUUCUUCAAAGACAUCAUUGAGGCCCUGGUGGAGGCCCAGAACGGCGAGGAGGUGCGAGCCGAAUUCGUCGCAAAGUUCAUGAAAGAAUAUGAAGAUAUUCGAUACCAAACAUUUGGACAAAUAGCUGAGUAUGCCGCCGCUCGACGAAAGACCGACAUUAUCGAGAUCCUUAUUUCCCUCCUCUCGGCCUGCGACGAAGCACCGAGCUCUGAUCACGAAAUUGACGUCGAGAACUUCUUCGCAAAGCCCGAACCAAAUAAUAAACGUCUCCGCACUGUCCAUGGUCACAAGAGGCGAGCGCAGGACGCAUGGCUGGCCAUCCUUCGCAACAAUCUUUCCCAGGGUCAACGGAAGGCUCUUCUGCGUAUUAUGGUGCACACCAUCGAGCCCUGGUUCACUCGGCCUGAACUCCUGAUGGAUUUCUUGACUGACUCAUACAACGAGGGUGGUGCCAUUUCUCUCCUUGCCCUGUCCGGUCUUUUCUACCUGAUCCAAGAAAAGAACCUGGACUACCCGCAAUUCUACGCCAGACUCUACUCGCUCCUCGACGCAGACCUGCUUCACUCCAAGCACCGAUCACGCUUCUUCCGCCUGCUGAACACUUUCCUCGCCUCGACCCAUCUUCCCGCCACCCUCGUGGCAAGCUUCAUCAAGCGUCUCUCGCGUCUCUCACUCAACGCGCCUCCCUCGGCUAUUGUUGUCAUCGUGCCAUUCAUGUACAACCUCUUCAAGAGCCACCCGACUUGCACCUUUAUGAUGCAUCGUGAGAUUCGUGAUAAGAAGUUUGCCGCCGAGAUUGAGUCCGAAGGCAUGGAGGACCCAUACGACCCCAAUGAGACGGACCCUACCCGCACCAAUGCCAUUGAAAGCAGUAUCUGGGAAAUCGAGACUCUUCAGUCCCACUACCACCCCAACGUCGCUGCCAUCGCACGGAUCAUCUCCGAGCAGUUCACGAAACAGGCUUAUCAAUUGGAGGACUUUCUUGACCACACCUAUCAGGGUAUGGUGCAAGGCGAGCUUGGCACUGGAGAAAAACCACUGCGCAAGAUUCCAGUGGUCGAGUACCAAAUCCCCAAGCGUAUCUUCACAGACCGCCUACUGGUGGAAGAUGACGGUGUGGAUUCUGGGGCUGGCUCUUUCAUGCGUGGUCUCUGGGACUUUUCGUCCUAA